AUGACGACUCAGUAUCAUUACACACCCUUCUCCACCCCAAAAUCAAUCCGCCUCAUCCGCCUCGUCAACACCGCAGACAAAUCAUCCCCCCUCGAAUGCUCGUUCGAGGAAACCUCCCUCGACAACCCAGUCUCGUACGCAGCCCUCUCCUACACCUGGGGAGGCGAACCCUCAAACGUCCCCCUGAGAGUAGUGAACAACACCACCACAACAACAUCUUCCAAUGGCGCCCAGCAAACCCCCCAACCCCCGUUAAUGAUAACCCCAAACUGCGCCGCCGUCCUCAACAUCCUCCGCGGACCACGCAUCCGCGACCUCUCGCUGUGGGUCGACGCCGUCUGCAUCAACCAGUCCUCCAACGACGAGAAGACCGUCCAGGUCGGCAUGAUGGCGGAACUCUACGAAAAGGCAAAGUACGUCUUCGUCUGGCUCGGCAACGAGUGGGCGCCCGCUUCGGUGCUUGCUUUGUAUAAAGGUGUUCCGAAGUCACGAGAUGACCAUGAACCAGACCUAGACCCAGCUCUCCUCUCUAAAAUCCAACGCGCGCCCUACUGGCUCCGCGUCUGGACCCUCCAGGAAGCAACCUACAACAACACCUUCAUCCUCUGCCUCGACGGCGGGGGCAAGGCUCUCUCCACCAUCCUCCAGAACUGGGGCGACGCCCAUACAAGUCACCCGGACCCGAACCAGCUCGCCAUCAACAUGCGUCGGAAAAUCAUCAAGGACGUUUCUACUACGACUAGUUCUACUACGACUAGUUCUACUGCGACUGGUACUACGGGUGUUGCUGUGAAUGCUACAUCUGCCGAGGAGCAGAAAGAAGCGGCAGAGAUUGCCGCGCGCCGCGGGAAAUUGGACGUCUACCAUCUCAGAAUGCUGCUGUACCUACAGUCGACGGAACCCCGAGACAAAAUCUACGCCCUUCGCUCCAUCUUCCCAGAGACCUUUGGAAAAGUAGCGGUCGACUACACGGACCCCGUGGAGAAAGUCUACCGUGAGGCGACUAGGCAGCAUAUCAUGGGACAGGACAGUCUCACCCAUCUCCUCCUCCUCGAUGGAGGAAACACCUCGACAUCAGCAUCAACAGCAACAUCGACAACAACCACUUCCUCUCCAGUCCCAGACCUCCCCUUCUGGGCCCUGAACUGGAAUAAACAAGUCACAGACAGCAGAUACCUCCUCGACGUCCCAGCAUCAUCAUCCCGCGACAGCAAACCCUCCUACAGAUUCUCACCCGACGGACGCACGCUCUACCUCAAAGGCAGGAGCGUCGGGCGCAUAGGCGACCGCAUCAGUCCCAAACUCCCACUACUCGACCUAUCCUUCGUCCUAGCAGAGAAAAAGGAAGACUUCAUCGCCUGGGUGGGUGAAGCCAGACGUAUAUCCCAGGCCUUCCUCGCAGACAUCCUAUCACCACCGCCCACGGACGCAAGCAAAGAAAACCAAGAAAACGCGCUCCAGACCUUUCGCAGCAUCCAGGCCCUCCUCGUACGCAUCCUCCACGCAGACCCCCAAACGGAACCCGACGCCGCCUCCCUGGCUGCACUCUCCACGGCUGAAGCGCUCGCAGAGGCAGUAACGUCACAGACACCGCCCGCCUGGUUAAAUAUAGGCAAAAUCACCGCGUCCAUAGGCUCGGGCUGCAUGUUCCUCACCACUCACAACCACUUCGGGUUCUGUGUCUCGCAAACGGAGCCAGGGGACGAGAUCUGUGUGUUCUCGGGGCUGAAUGUUCCGUUCGUCGUUCGAUCGAGGGGAAGUGGGAGCGGGUAUAUAGUCGUCGGGUAUGCGGUCGUCGAUGGGGUUAUGGACGGGGAGGCAUGGCCUGACGACGAGGGCGAGUUGGAGGAGUGGGCGUUGGUGUAGAUGCUUGACGAAACAUACCGUCAAACAUCCAGCAUCGGGACCAUGAAUACAACCCAGCACACCCAGAGAUGGGCAUCUCAAGUACGACCCCCA